GGAGGAGGAGGAGGAGGGCGCCGACAGCCACCUGUGACUCUCGCCAAGAGGGCACGGAGAUCCCUGACGGGGCACAAGCUCGAAGGCAGCCGCGAUUUCCCCGGAGGAGGAUGCGAGGUGCCGCGAGAGCGCAGCGCAGCGGAGGUGAGUGAAUGGAGAGGUCGACGUCGGCGGGCAGCGACGUCGGGUGGAAAAACGCGAUCGUUUCGCAGCGACGUCGAUCGCGAUCGAUCGAUAUCGCGGAGCGCGCUCGUUCGCCAUCGUCAUCUGGCCGCUCCUGACCGCGGUCAGGGCAAGGACCGCCGCGGGGAAUCGAAUUAAUAUCCAGACGAAGCCGGUCGGCGGGCAAGGGGACGCCGACGACGACGGGGAGGAGGAGGAGGAGGAGGAGGACGGCGGGUAGGACGAUCGAGCACCGGACGCGGCGGUCGGCGCGGGGUGUUGGAGGGACGAGGAGGUCGUAUUGGAUUUUCAGGAGGUGGAGGCUACGACCGACCUCCCGGGUAAUGCCUUCCUGAGGCGGCAUUCUCGCGGUCGUGCUCGAGGUCACGGGGCGACCGGCCGCGGCCGCGGCCAAGCGACGACAGUAUGGCCGAUCUCGAGAGGAUCCGGCUGGUGGUGCUCGGCGGCGCCGGGGUCGGCAAGAGCGCUAUUAUACGCCGGUUGCUCGGCCAAGGCUUCAGCGAGCGGUACCGGCCCACUGUGGAGGACCUCUACUCCCGGGAAUGCGUCCUCGGCACCUUGACGCUCAAGGUCGACCUCUUGGACACCGCGGGUGACCUGCAAUUCCCCGCGAUGAGGCGUUUGAGCAUAGCCACCGCCCACGCAUUCCUCCUCGUGUACGCGACCACGUCGUUGCCGAGUUUCGAGUGUGUGAAACGCUGCUUCGAGGAAGUGAGAGAACAACGACCCGACUUCCAGGAGGUGCCGAUAGUCGUCGCCGGUAACAAGCUCGACCUGGCGCCGGCGCGAAGGGAAGUGCCCAUCGAGGACGUGAGCGAGUGGCUGUUUUGCGAAUUGCCGAAGCUGCGCGCCAAGGUGAUGGAGUGCUCGGCCAAGGACGACUACAACAUCAAGGAUAUCUUCAGGUGCUUCGUCACGUUGUCCAGGAUCGUGCCGAAGAACCCCACCGGCGAGUCCGACGAGUCGGGCCUCAGGAGGAGAUGCUCGGCGUAUGGAUCGCGCAGGUCGGGCAGUCCCGGCGGCAGGACCGGCAGCGCGGGUUCCGGCGGGAAUCCUCAGCAAGUGGUCGCGGCUCAGGGCUCCAGCGUCGUCACCGUCACCGAGGAGGUGAAGAGCAAGCCGCGUAGCCGCAGCCUGAUCCGGCGCGCCUCGAGGAAGACGAAGCAGCAGAUCCGAGACGCCCAUGCCGACGACUGCAACAUCUCGUAAGCUGGCCCGACGGGGACGGACGGAUCCUCUCCUCGUCGGGGAAGAUGAGUCUCGUGUCUCGUCUCGUCUCGUCUCGUCUCGUCUCGUCUCGACGGACAGUCGCGCGCGAUCCGAGCGAGAACGGCGCUCGUCCGCGCGAGUGAGACGUAAGUGCUUUACUUAAGGUAAGACUCUCGAUGGCCCGCACGAUUCGCGCGACGAGCACGACGAGCGAAGCUCCCCGUUGGACCGGAGAAUUCAUCGCCGCGAGGUGCGAGGAACAUGGCAAGCCGAUAGCAGCGACCGGAGGGUGUCCGGAGCGCUGAAACUGGAAGGAGAGAUCGCGAGCCGACCGGGUUUGUAGUACACCGGGAUGUCAUCGACAGCGGGAGUCGCAAUUAUGUCCAGUGAGAAAUUGCCUCUGUCCUGAUUGGAUCGAAUAUCGGUAGAACGGCGCUCGGGGAUUCCUUUUUCUUUGAGCCAAGAUCGCGCGUGUUAACGGAGCGAUCGAGCAGCGAGUUUCUGGGGGAGAAAUGAUGUUCGUCUGUCUCUUUGAGUUUUGCUGAGGUUCGCGUAAAAGUUUCACGUAAAAGAACAUCAAAUUCGUCGUCAUAUAAAUUGGGGUAGUUUUUGAGAGGAAAUUGCAAGCCAUCGGUCAUCUUCUUUUUAACCGCUCGGCAGCCCCGGUGAGUCUUCCUGAGGUGAAGAAGCUCGCGCUUUUCAGUUAUAUGAAACGAACGAGCUUCCGCUGUCGAUGCGCAUCUUUCUUGGAACGUUCUGUAUAUACAUUAACGGUAUGCACGUGAAAUUGAUGUUUAUCGAAUGCGUAAUUUUUUUCAACGAACGGACCUCUCUUGCAUUUCUCGGUGUAAAUAUUUUCGAAGGCUGCGAGUGAAAAGGAAAAGAGAGAGAGAGAGAG